UUGUCCCCAAAUCACCCCAUACCACAGGUGACUAUGUCCUUCCCCAAGACGUCUCAGCUACCAGGUGCCUCGACCAAGCUGACAGUCAAGGCUUCUCCUGGAUCCCUGUGUUCUGUUGGUGUUGUUGACAAGAGUGUGCACCUUAUGAGAUCCAGCAACCAGCUUACUCAGGGCAAGAUUUUUGCAGAGCUGAAUGGUUUGGACCUGUCGGAAGAAGGUGGCUAUGUGGACAUGAACACUCACUGUGACCGGGACGGCCCAGCCAUUGACCCCAUUCCUCGCCCCCCUCUUCCCCCUCCUCCUCCCCCUCCACCAGUGGAGAUAGAAGAGGAGGAGGUUUCAUUUGCUGAUUCAGACAGUGAUGACUCUGAAGAUGUGGAGGACAAAGACAUGGGUGAGGAGAGUGAAGACAUGGGUGAGGAGAGUGAAGACAUGGGUGAGGAGAGUGAAGACAUGGGUGAGGAGAGUGAAGACAUGGGUGAGGAGAGUGAAGACAUGGGUGAGGAGAGUGAAGACAUGGGUGAGGAGAAGGAAGAAGAAAUGAGUAGAGAAGAUGGUGUCGAGGAAGUGGCUGACAGGGAAGAUGAAGAGGAGAGAAGCAUCAAGAAACGCUCUUAUUUCCCUGGAUUUGGUUCUUCAUCUUUUGAGGAUGCCUACACUGCUUUUAAGGCUAUGGGUCUUCUGGUGAUGACUGACCUUACACUGGAAACCCGUCCUUGUGCAAUGGAAUAUUUAACUGUCGCCUACAGUGUCAGUUUCGACCAAGACUUUCUAGCAGGAGGAAGGAGAGGGCCUAUAGCACAGCCUAUGGUUAAUGUUAGACUCUUCAAUGCUCCUGUUGCAAUGGAAAUUCAACCAAAGUCUGUCGAGGACGAGGUCGACUCGAGGAUUGAAAUGGAAACACAACAGGUCGUGGAAGUGCGGAACUACUUCCCAGAAACAUGGCUGUGGAAGGUUACUAGUGUCAGUGAUAAUGGCUUGGCAGUGAUUGAUGUCGAGGUGCCACACACUAUAACUGAAUGGAUUGGGAGUGGUUUCUGUACAAGUAGUGCUGCUGGUGUGGGUGUGUCUCCAGCUACAAGCCUCACGGCUUUCCAACCAUUCUUUGUAUCCACCACUCUUCCCUACUCUGUGAUCAGGGGUGAGGAGGUACCACUCAAAGUUUCCAUCUUCAACUACAUGCAACAGUGCCAAGUGAUUAAGUUGACACUACUGAAGUCAGAGGACUUGGAUUUGAUUGACAAGGACAGGACACGUCAGGUGUGUGUGUGUCCUGUGGUGUCCAAGACCGAGACGUUCAACAUCAUCCCAAGGAUGCUGGGGAAGAUCAACAUCUCCGUGGUGGCUGAGGCUGUGGAGGAUGAUGAACUGACAUGUGGGAACGCCCCAGUCAUCAAGCCCACUGAGGGAGCCAGGGACGCCAUUGUUAAGGAGCUUCUGGUCGAGCCAGAGGGUAUUGAGCAGGAGUACACCUACAGCUCAUUCUUCUGCCCCAAAGACUUCCCUAAUGAACAGCUAGAAGACACCAUCAAGACUGUCCUGCCUGAGAAUCUGGUGGAGGGCUCCAACAGAGCCUAUCUGUCUGUCAUUGGUGACCUGAUGGGCCCCACCCUGUCUGGUCUGGACAACCUUGUGCGUCAGCCGACCGGGUGUGGCGAGCAGAACAUGGUUCUGUUUGCUCCCAACAUCUUCGUCAUGCAGUACCUGAACACAACCAAACAGCUCUCCUCUGAAAUCAAGGACAAGUCUUUGGAAUACAUGAAGAUUGGUUACCAAAGAGAGUUGACCUACAAGCACAAGGAUGGCUCAUACAGUGCCUUUGGAGAAAGUGAUGAUUCUGGCAGCACCUGGUAG